AUGCCUCUGGAUAUCAUAAGCCGCACAGUCGAAUUCUAUGAGGGUGGAUUAAGUACGUUGUCAGAACGCUUGAGAAAAAACUGGCUGCAAAAGCUGGAUGCCGUUGACACACCCGAUGAUUCGCUGACAAAUCUCACCUGGCUUUAUGUAAGCGAAUUUUGUAAUUAUGUCAUUCAUGGUCAGGAUAUGCAUCCGGUUGGUUUGGAGUUAGAUAAUACUCAGAAGUCGUCUGAGUUCAAUACAAGUACGUCAGUUUUUCUGUAUAACGUUUCUGCGCGUAAAGAUGCUACACUGAAAUCUUCCGCUGGCACACAACCGUUUGCUGGAAGCCUGUGUGACCCCCAGGUUCGUAUGGAUUACAGGACAAAAUGGACAGGAAAACCACCGUUCUCAUAUGCGACGCUGAUUUGCCUUGCAAUGCGGGAACUUGGAAAACCAAAAGUUACACUUUCGGAUAUUUAUGGAUGGAUAAUGAACAAUUUUGCUUAUUAUCGUCAUACAGAUUCAAGUUGGCAGAACUCUGUCAGGCACAACCUCUCGUUGAAUAAAUGCUUUGAAAAAGUUCCACGAGACAAGAAUGAACGUGGGAAAGGUGGAUUCUGGCGUGUCAAUCCCAAACAUGCUGACUGGUUGGAGGCCAAUUUGGCCAAAUGCAAACGGGUGGCUCCACCUCCGGGACCGGCGCCUCCUGUGCCCCGUUCAAUGCUGCUGCAACAACGACAACAAAUGCAAGGACAAUUUGUGCAGCAAAAUUUCCUCCCAGGAACCGCUCAGCAAGCGAAUUUAAUUGGCUCAGUUGGUCAGUCAGAUGCCUAUGGGACACCAGAUUUUUGGAGUGUUGGUGGUCAUAAAUCUAUUUCUCCAUUAUCUGGCUCCUCAUCUUCCCUAUCUUCCUCACCGCUUUCAAUGAGCUCAGCACCUUCGCCUGCCAACUCGGCUGUCUACCGGCAGCAACCACCGGUCGUUUCACAUCACCUGGUAUCGCCUGCCGAUCUGAGCCAGAUAAGACCAUGUCCUACCUCUCAGGAAAGAGAUCCAACCUACGCCACCCCAUGCAUUUCACUUUUUCAACAAGAUACAGUUGGUCCGAAUCAAGGCUCACAAUCCACCCACACUCAUCGACGCAAAAGCCCUCUUUAUCGUCACACGGUUUUGUCAGAACACGAGCAACUCGAUCCAAUGUGUGAUGAACUACCUUUCGAAGUCAGGACACAAAAUGUCCUUGGAACCCCAGAAGACCAAAACAUUCUUGGUGGAAUUCAAAACAGCACAGCCAGUCCUCCGGAUGGUAAACGUCGAAACCACACUCCACUGCCACGUUAUAUCAGUCCAGCAACUGACCGUAAGACAUGGGAGGCGAAAUUUCGACGUCUUCAUUGUCCAGAGACAAACUUACAAUCAGCCGCUACCGAUGUAUCAAGGAAACAACGUUCCAGUUCCUCACUUCCUUCUAUUGAGAGUUACGGUGGGCGUGAGGGACAUGAGAGUUUCAUUGGCUACCUAGAUAACCCGCAGAGCAAGGCCGACAAACGAUUACGCCUGAUGCGUCAUCAAAUUAAGGUUAAGCAGUUUCCCACAAGAACACUACCGCCACGUAGAAGGCAAUCACGCUGGGCCAUCACUCGUGACUCGGGCAACGAGACACCAGAUCGUAUGAAAGAAGAAAAGCUAACAUCCGCUUUGAGUGUCACUCAUCCAAAAAGACCUCCAUAUUCGAAUGGCUAUAAUAAUGGGGCACACACCCAUUUUAAGGCGAGUGGUAGUCCCAGUUACCUGAUACCUCUAGUGGAUGAAGACGAUGUCGGUUGCAGCUGGCCUCCAAUUACCAAACCUGGCAAAACAGUGAGAGUUUCUGAUGUUCGAAACCCUCAGUCAGAUUCACCAAGCAGCCUUCCUAGACUUCUACCGAGGGCAAGCACUCGAGUCACACCACCGUAUGUGCCGGCCGGCCUGUCUCCUCGAUCUCGAGGUUUGAACAAACGUGAGUGCUCUUCUUCAGCAGCCUCCUCCAGUUCCGUCGGUUCCUCUCUCUCCGGGACCAGUAUUACUGCCCAUUCAGAUGGUCAUUUAUAUCACUCCAUUCCUCCCCAAGGUCAUUCUACACCGAAGCGCGUUGAAACUCAGACGUGCAAACAAUCCUCUUUUAACAAUUGCCGUGGUGAUAGCGCCGACAACUCUGUGCACUUUAGUCGACUGUACCCAACUUCUGGUGAGGCUGAAGCCCACUUAGGCACAUCACCAGAUGGAUUACGUAUGCCAAAAUGGGCUUCAGUUUUUCUAUCAGAUGGAGAUGAAGCUGAAUUGCAACCAGCGUUGUGGACACAGACUGAAUCCGGACAAGAUACAGUUGAUAUAUUUGCACAUUUGGAAACCAGCAAUUCCGACAAAGUCAUUCCUGGCAUGUCUGAUUCAGGAAAUAGCACGUUACAUCAACCCUCACCUAAUGAGUCAUGCUUUUCCUACAUGAGUGGUUUAACGGAUGUGCUUCACCCCCUGGAAUCCGGCGACUCUCAGUAUUCGAACUCAGAGGAACAAAAAAACCUUGAAUCAACUUUAAACUCAUCCCCAGUUACCUCUAGUCCAAUAUUGGAUGCUUUCAAUUUAGACUCAUCUGAUCUCGACUUCCAAACACUCAAUGGAUUGGUUGAAGCGAGUGGGCCUAUUCCUCUUGAUUUAGAUUUUUCGCUAACCGCCAGUUUGAACACUCCCUAUUCAUCCGCUUCAUACGAGUCGGUGGGUCUAUCGAGUGCUCUUUUCUCCCCACAACCUUGGUCCAGUUCAGGUGCAGCAGGUUCUUCAGAAACAAUUACUUCGUCUUGGAUUGGUGAUUCUACACUCUUUUCAUCUUCGAACUGUUUCCUUUCAAUUCUCGACGGUCCUGAGGGUUUUUUCAGUAAAACAACUGUUUUGCCAGAAGAUGGCGAGAACGCACCAUCUGAUCGCUUGUCCACUCCGCCAUCACGUUGAAUGAAUCCUACCUGUUUGUACAUAACUGUAACUUAGACAUACAUGGUUCAGUGGCACGCUACAAUCGAAGACAGCUUGGUUUUGCAGCCUGUAUGUCGUUCGCUGUGAACGAUCGUUGUCUUUGCUCUUUAUAAUCAACUAUCCAUUAUCCCCCGGAUCCAUUUCACCUCCCGGAUGAUUCACUAGUUUGCGAUAAUUUUGUUUUACGAAAUUUGCUAACAAUUUUGUACUUUUCUAGGUGCUAAGUAUGUAUCGGUCCUACCAUUCUGGCUCACACGUCCCCCAACUAAUUCGCACCUGGUUCAACAAACUCAGUUUGUUUGACUGAUUGAAAACAACCGGCAUAUCAAAUCCGCAUAUUGAACGGGUGAUCAUCUUGUCUGUGCCACCUUUUGGCCAGCCGAAUUUAUUUGAAUAGUUUUAUCUCCUAUUAUAUAAUCACCCUUGUCGUGAUGCAAUGCGGCUGUGAAGUUGCUCUCAAACACAAGUACCUAUUUUGCACCACCUUAUAACUGUGAAGUUUUACUUCACUUACAAUGACUUGGGUAUUUUGCUAACAAUGCACAUGAUCUAUCCAUUCCUGUUGGCUUCCGUCAUAUCAUUUUUAUUCCUCUAUCUCACUACCCCCUUACUAAAAAUGUUUCCGAACCUAUUGCUUCCACUCACAA